GCAUUUUUAGGAUUUGACAGAGUUUGCACUACACUUCAUCAACGACGUGAACGCCUGCAGCAAGGACAGUUUUUGGAAGUGACAUCUGUUGAUGUGAUUGAAGCAUGACAGAGGUGAUGAACACACGGGAACCGGUGAUGGAGGAAUUCGCACUCAGCCAGACUCCUGAGGAAGAAGGAGGCCCUUCAAGCCAGGCCUUCCCAGACUCACGUGAGAAGUACCCCAAGCUGUCCAAAAGACUGCCAUCAAUUGUGGUGGAACCGACCGAGUCUGGGGAGGUGGAGAGCGGGGAGCUGCGCUGGCCUCCUGAUGAUCUGAAAUCAGCAGAGGACAAGGGUCUUCAUGGUGACCAAAGAGUCUGUGUCCAGCAGCAGCAGCAGCAGCAGCAGCAGCAACAGAUGGAUCUGGAAGACACUUUAGCGCACCCAGCUCAAGAAGUGGAAGACAGUACAGAUACUCUGGAAAGCAGAACUGAAGAGGAUGAGUAAGGACUCCAUGGCCUCAGAAGUGAAACUUCAUUUUGAACGUUGUUGGAAGGCUAACACACUCUGAAGACAUGUCAAAGUAAUCUGUAUUUAAAUCUGCAAGGGUUUUAUUUAGUUAGUACCUGGUAAGAAGCGUCUGGGCUUUAGAACUGUUCUUUUCAACAUUUUGAUUUUCAGGCUGGGAUUCAUAUUAUUUGAUUUUUUCCUUGGGAAACAAUGGGACGUGUUAGGAAAAACGAGAUUAUCAAGGAAAAAAUGCUCCUAAUUUCAAUUAGCACAUUUCAUUGGUUUUACCUUUUUUGAGCAAGGCUGCUUUCAGGUAUCAACAGCAGGACAAAGGGGUUACAUUUCUACAGGAGGGAUGUCUUAAAUCUAAAACCUUUCUUGUUUUUAGCCAUUUAAAACUAGCACUGUGAUAUUAUGGACAAUAGAUGUAAUAUAAUGUCACCAUUUGAUUUUGUAACUUUUGUAUAGAGACGCAAGUGUAAGAUUUGCCUCCAGGCUGUGGCCCCAGGGCGGCCCAGAGCAGUUCUCUCCCUUUGGCUAACGUGUGCAAAUUUGGAUGAACCAGCCUUUUCUUAGCUGCCUUUUCAAUAAUGCUCAAGCCUCUCACUUUGCUGUACAUUGACAAAGCGGAUUAGCUAGUCGCUGGUGUUUGUGGAGUGAGGCUGUCUGUUGUAGGCUUGGUCGGGUGGAUCGUGCUGUUUGUGCACUCUUCAGGCCCAGGUCCAACCGUGGCGUGGCGUGUGCUUUUCUCUCUUGAAGCCGACGAGAUGGCUCCCACUUCUGCCAGGGCUGGAUUUGUCCCACCUUGUUAAUAGAAAUUGUUGUAACAAUUCUUCUUUUGGUAUGUUUUGUGUGUAACGUAGGUGCAGAGGCCCAGCUCUUCUUCCCUUGACCUGGGCCAGGCAGUGGUUGGGGGUGGGUGAUGGGAGCUCCAUAGCACAGCCCAAACCCGCCCUCCAUUUUGCCUGAUGCCAGGUCCUCUCUGAGUCACCCGCAGUAGGAGGGGGUGGAGGAGGGCCAGGUGGUGGGACACACCACCGCGGGCAGGAGCACAUGUGCUGAGGGGUGCCCUCACCUGCAGUGCGGCCCCCUUGGCUUUGCUUGCACAGCCACCUCCUGGAGACCAGAGCUCACAGUGGGACAAGCUGUCUCCGGACACCUUGGGCCUCCAGUGGAUUUUCCUUGGGGAUUUGGGAGCCAUUUUGACAGGGGUGAACCCCUUUCUGCCCAGGGACCUCCCAGAGACUCCCUCCCACUGUCCCAGGAGAAGCAGCCAUCUCGGCCCCAAAUGCUGCCCUUUGGAUCGUGUUGGUGGAGAUAGAUAAUGCAUGUAUUCAAAAGGGUUUGACUGUGUCAGUGAUGAGUGUCCCGUAAGCUAUGAAGUUGGCUUUCUCCGUCUUUGCAGGGCUGGAUGGGGUCUGUACUUCCAAUUAAUGUUGCAGCCGGAAGAAGCCGCUUGCUGUAGGUGGAACGAAAUAACAGGAUUUCUUCCAGCGUUAACUCUUAAGUUGACUUCCAAGUGCUUUCUUUUCUCCAGUAAUAAUUUUCUCUAAAGGCAACUUUUAAUCGUGUGAUGGUGGAUAAAAUUUACUGGCCAGAUGUAUUAAUAAGUUUAUACCUUCUUAGCAACCAAAUUUAAUAUAUUUACUUACGAAGAAUUCUGUGCAAUGAAUGUUUAAUACAAAAGAAAGAGACUAUUUUACUUCAAAGCAACAUUAAUUUAUGUACAAAACUAUAGCUCAUUAUUUGAGGUGUUUGGGAUUUAGGACCCUUUUUAUAAGCAGUGUAGUAUAGUAUAAUGUGAUACUUAAGUUAAACUUUGCUCUCUCAACCUAUGUAACAAUCUAUUUUGCCUUCUUGAUGUAGACUUUCUUACUUACACUGUCACAGAAUUAUUUUGUUGGAUGAGUGGGAUUCUGGUCAGAGCACUGAAUUUCACCAGAAUAACUGAAGGUUUCAAGAGCACCUCCUAAAUCUGGCUGCUCUCCUUGUCACCCCCUUCACUGGUGACAGUGGUGAAGCCAACAAAGCAAGAACAAGCUCAAGCUACGUGUUUGGGUAGCACACGAGCAGCAAGAGGAGGUCCCUGACUCGGACCUGUCUGCAGCUGGUCAUGGCAGAAGGAGAGCUGUGCUGGCGAGGCAGCCGGGUGGAUGCGAGGUGCUCUUUAAACGCUGCUUUUGCAUCGAUGGUCAAGAAGUUUUACAAAGCUCUGGGGGGAAAACAACAACGGUGACGACAUUUUUAGCUGUGUGAUUUCCUUUCAAUCUGCAUCUGCCCAGCUCUGUGAGGAAUGACAUUAGACAUAUCACUUAAUUUGCUUUUUGCUUUAUAAAAGGAAAAACAGUUGUUUGAAACACUUCCCCCAAUUUUAUGUGCUCUCUAUCUGCUUUCAGACGCUCCCUCCCUUCCUGCUCUGGAUAGCCCUUAUCCUAUUUCCACCUGAGGUCAAUGGCACUUCCCUAAAUAAGUUUCCCAAAGAAACAACAAAAUUCUACAUUCAUC